UUGCUGCCAAGUUAUCAGUUACUUCUUAUGUUCUUAAGAAUACUUCAUGUCUUUGUUUAGCCAGUUUUACCUCCCAGAUUCUCGUAAAGCACAUGGUGCAACCUGUUACCUAAUGGACCAGCGUCACUUAGCUCCUCUUACCUUCUAAGGGAAACACUGACCUGGGAUUAAAGUGCACCAAGCCGUAUACAGUGGCCUGAGCCAUCCCAAGGAGUCCGGAGCCUCUAACUGGGGACCUUCCACACCCUCUUCAAGUGACUUACAGCAGCACCAACAGUCACGAUGAAAGUUCUAAUCUCUUCUGUCCUUCUGUUGUUGCUGCUACUGCUGAUGUCCAUCGUCUCUAGCAACCCAAGUCCAGGGGUCGCCACAGGCCAGAGGGACCGACGCCAGGCUUCUGGGAGGUGGAUCCAGGAAGGUGGCCAAGAAUGCGAGUGCAAAGACUGGUUCCAGAGAGCUCCGACGAGAAAACUCAUGGCAGUGCUCAGGCUGCCAAAGAAGCAGUGUCCCUGUGAUCAUUUCAAGGGCAAUGUGAAGAAAACCAGACACCGCAGGCACCACCGGAAGUCAAACAAGCACGUCAGAGCCUGCCGGGAAUUUAUCAAACGUUGUCAGCUAGCAAGCUUUGCUCUGCCUCUAUAGGAGCUCUGAGGGCUCCCUCUCCCAGUGAAACAUUCUCAGUCAAGAAGGAGUCAGCACACCUAGAGAAUGUCCUCCCACCUCAAGCCCCUUCUCCCUGUCCCCACUUCCUAAAUCAUUCCAGUGAUCUCAAAAAGCAAGUUUUCCAAGAUUAUUUUGAUGAUUGCUCCCUCUAGUGCUUUCCCUUGUCAGCCUUUUCCCAUGCCUUCUCAUUCAUUGAAUCCAGGCUUCAUUGAAUCUUAAUUACCUGAAAGAAACCAGGAAGCCCCAGCUUCCUAGCUGGUUCCACCUGACCUUAAAUACAACCAGGCAAGUAGCAGGAAGAAGUCAGUAAAUAUAAUUAAAUAUAACAGGUCAAAAUAAUUUUUUUCAAAUGGGGUCUGGCAACUCACAUUCAAGACAGAUGACCCAUUCUAGCCUGUUCACUCCAAACUCAACCCAGAUUCUACAUCUACACAUACUUCUUCCCACCAUCUGUCCCUCCCUCCCUCUCUCUUACUCUCUCCUGCCCAACUUUUUAUUCUUUUACUCUUUCAACAAACCCUUUCUGAGGUAAGACCCAAAUGGGGAAACUAAAGCAGGUAUGGCAAUGAACUAGACAUGGUCUUGUUAAACAUAAUAUAGGUUUAAAAAAAUGGUCAUUUCCUAGCAUGUAGAACACCUUUAGGAUUCAUGAUUGUUAUCAUCAUCAAGGGUCAUUGUCCUCUGUGUUUCCAAACUAGUACAGAAGACACGGUAUAUGCAGAACCAUAGGUCCAGGGCAAGAGAGAUGAUAUAGAAGAUCUCAAAUGCCAUUGAAAAGGGCUUCAAGCUGUAACAAAAUGGAAGUGAAAUUAUAAAGCAAUAAUAUAAGGUAAUUAAACCGGCAACCAUUUGAAAAAAUGAAUAAAGAGGAAAAGACUAUUACAACAGUA